AUGCAUAACAAUGAAUACUGUAUCGGUUACAACUUUCUGGAAGCUUCCGAAUCGUGAGUAGUCCUCCUCUUCAACUCCUCAAUUCGUUCGUUUCAUUCAGUUUUCGGGAAGACCGCCUCGAACCAGUGACUCUGUGCACUCAUGCCACUGCCGAUAUGAUGGAGACGUUGGAGAAGAAGCCGUCGAAUUGGGACGGUCCCAUCUCGAUCGGACUCUUUAUCGACUUCCAUUCCGCCCACGCGUUGGAGUAUCUCUAUGACGUUCGCCGAUGCGACAAAGAGUUUCGAGAAAAGGUUUGGUCGAGCAUGGAACUUCAUAAUCUGUUCUGUUCUCAGGUGUCUCUUCACUUUGCCUUCCGUCUCAUGCCGUUUCAAAACGCGUGUCCGACCCUCAAACUUCCGACUUCCCACCUCACUUGCGAUGAAUUUCUGAAACAGCGUAAUACAUUUUUGCAUCAAAUUCAACAAUAGCCUAAACUUUUAGGCUCUACACUUCGGAAAACCAUCUCGGCACCGUUCCAACUUCAUCCGUACGCACUCAUGAGAAACGUGGCGCGAUACGGAGCAAAGUCGGAAAUUCACUUUUUGGCCGAUGGAGACAUGCUAAUGAGUGACGGGUUUAUGAGAAAAGUGAAGCCGAUCGCCAACCGAAUGAUCGAUGGGAAACAGAAGAAACUUCUGGUUGUACGGUCAGUUUCAGAAAGAGCGCCUACCUCACUUUGAUGGUAUUUUAGAAGGUUCGAAAGUGAUUUGAAUGUGGUUCCUCCUAGAAAUCAUACACAAUUGAAAGAGUUGGUGGAGAAGGAACAGUGAGUGAAUGUCAUCGUUCACGGUGAAGUUCAGAUUCAGAGUGUUCGAGUUCCAUCACAAAUUCUUCUUCAUGGGCCAUCAGAUACCUAAUAUAACGCAUUGGUUCAACGUAUCCGACACCUCGUACCAAGUCUCCGCGUGGCAGAUUCCAUACUCGUCAGUUUCAGUUCAGAUGUUCACUAACUGGUAAGGUUGCCUUCAGAAACGAAGCAUGGGAACCACAGAUCAUUUUGCACCGAAAAGAUCUGUACAAUACCGACUAUUUUCCUUCGAGAAUGCGAGACAUGACUUCAGUUGUAUGCCGCUUUCACUCCGUCACAUCUUCAUGAUUUGCCUCCGUUCAGAUCUACUCUUCUUGCCGUGCCAAUUACACUUUUCACCUUCUCUCGCACGUUUUCAAUGUGCACGAGGGCGUCAAAACGGCCGAUUCCGUACUCUCGAAGGCCGUGUUGGCUCAUCAGGCAAAGUUUGCGAGGGAUCGGUGAGGAACACUCCAGAACGUUUUCGCUAUUACUCAAGGUUUUUCAGAGCGUACAAAAGAUUUGUGAAAGAAAUGGAUGAAUUGUAUCCGAGUACGUUGGAGAGAUGCGGAAAGUUUAACAUGUAA